CCGCACUUACGUGGCGCAGCCGCGGGGACAUGGCGUGGGUCGUGGGCGUCCGCAGGGACACGUUGAGCACAAUGACGCAAUUCAUGACAAUGAGCGUGGCGACCACCAUGACGAAAAUAAGGAACCUGAGGAGCCCAGAAUGCGUGACAUCACCGCUCCCCCUCCCAGCUACGGAAGGCGCCGCGCGCUCUCUGACCUCACAAACACAGCUUCUCCUGGCACGGGUUGGUUACGCCCUCCAGCUGCGCCCCCUGCGCGACGACAGACGCAUCCCCCAGCCCUUCUCCCGUCCUACCACUUGUGGCAGCCAUGAAGGGAACCCCCAGCUCCCUGGACACCCUGAUGUGGAUCUACCACUUCCACAGCUCCACCGAGGUGGCCCUCCAGCCCCCGCUGCUGUCUUCCCUGGAACUCUCCGUGGCCGCAGCCCAUGAAUAUCUGGAGCAGAGGUUCAGAGAGCUGAAAUCCCUGGAGCCACCGGAGCCGAAGAUGCAGGGGAUGCUGCCUGCCCCGAAGCCCACGCUGGGGCUGGUGUUAAGAGAAGCCGCAGCCAGCCUCGUGAGCUUCGGCGCCACCUUGUUAGAGAUCUCAGCCCUGUGGCUGCAGCAGGAGGCACGGCGACUAGACAGCAGCACGGGCCCAGCCCCAGACGGCGGGGAUCCGGGUGCAGCUCUGAGCCGGGUAGCCCAGGCCGCGGGGCAGGGGACUCGGCAAGCUGGGGCUGCGGUGGGCGCCGGCGCCCGGCUUCUAGUCCAGGGAGCGUUGCUAUGCCUGUGUGGACGGGGUCUGCAGGGGUCUGCCUCAUUCCUGCGACAGUGGCAACAGCAGCUAGGCCUCGGAAUCCCCGGAGAACCAGUGAGCUCGGGAUGCGGGGUGAGUUGGGGGCCAGAGGCGGCGAGGCUAGGGAGGCACUGAGCCGGACCGUCCCUCAACAGAGCUACUCAGGAGACCUCCAGGUGACGUCCAGCAGCAGUGAGGAGGAUGACGGACCAGGGACUCCAUCCCCGUCCCAGCCCCACCCGGCGUCCGAAUAAAGCCCAGGGCAGG